AUGACCCAGCUGGCGCUCCCCUCCGUUACCUCCAUUGUCGAGGCCGACGAAUUUAUAGUAGGCCACUCAGAUGCAGUGCAGCAUGCCGCAAUCAUUCAUCUCAAUGCAUUUGAAGUCGAUUUCUGGAACAAAUCACUCUCACUUCGCCGUCUCCUCCUGCUGAAGCGAUUAUUCCGUUCAAACCCGGCUGUGGAAACGCGAUUCCGUGAGCGACGGGAUAUCCACCUGCAAGCUAUCGGCGGGAACGAGGAGCCUUCUCGCGUACAUUUAUUUGCAUACGCAAAGGCGUUCUCGCUGAUCAAUCGCGCGAAUGGGGGUUGUUUCGGCGGGGGAAAGGUGCACCGCUUCCUCGAUCUUGGUUGCUCUCCUGGAGGCUUCUCCUCAUAUGUGCUUAAGCACAAUUGGGGAGCGCAGGGUGUCGGCGUCACUCUGCCGGAUGAAGAAGACAGGAUACCCGUGCAGAUUGACUCCGAUCUCCUUGCCAACUACGAUGUGCGAUACACCGAUGUCGUCGCCUUCGUAGCACGCUCCACAGAGACUGAUACUCCCCCGGCGAUUCUCGCGCAUGACGGCAGCCCCGUGCGCUACGAUCUCGUUAUCGCCGGAGCCUUUCCGGUAUUGCAAGGGGCCAUUCCUUGGUGGCGUCGGACUCAGCUGGUAUUCGCCCAGUUGAUCCUGAUAUUCGCCAACAUCUCCAAGGGCGGCUCAGCUAUCGUAGCGAUCAACACCAAAGCAUUCCUAUGGACGGUAGACGUCAUAGGAAUGCUCCGUCAGUGUUUCGAGACAGUGACGGCGCACAAGACGGGAAGGUUGCACGCGGUCCGGACAUCGUGCUACCUGGUCUGUAGGGGCUUCCGAGCCACUUCAGAAGAGGUAGACCGGUUCACCGGUAGGCUGCAUGGAGCGCUGCUGUUCCUGGCCGCAGUACCUAUGGAGAGCUCCCAAGAUGACAACGGGCGAUGGGAGUACAAGCACGGCCCAGAAGAUACACCACUGGUCUCCGGACAGUCAGCUGCCGAGAUCUUCACUGCCCACCACCGGUUCGUGCUCGAUCUAUUCGAGCCCUUGUGGGAGGUACAGUACAAUGCCAUACGGGUAGACUUGGCCGGCGUCCUUGUUGACUUGUAUGGAGCCGAGGCUGGCAUCCCGAAGUAUGCGGAGAGCGAUGGCUUCGACAGCCCAACGGACGUCCAACAUGAGGCCGUAGAGCAUUCCCUGGCGACCUCAUUUCGACCGUGGCCUCAUCGGCAGCCCACAGCAUCGCCCGACGAUUACACCGCGCAUCACCCUGAUACUAUCUGGCGCUCUCGCGGACGCGGUCAGGCGUUCAGUCAAAGCGGACAGGGCCCUCCAGAGGGCUUAUUCGGGCGCAGGAGGAGUCAGACGAGCGCAGCGAACAGUAGCUCGACAGGCUACCACCCUGUGGAGAAGUUGUGGGAUUCUACUUCACGUCAUCGUUGA